CUAGACUCUCUUGAUGUUAUGACUUUAGACAACGAGGACGUACUCUUCUACUUUGGCGUACUUGCAAUAAAGAAGCUCCUGUUGCCUCGGUUUCAUUUUACCAAUACUGGACAGGGCAGCUCUUGGGGAGUCACGCUCACCAUAUAUGGCCACUCAAUCACCAGGUUACAAGACGACGAGGCCCAAGAAAAGGCCAAAGUGGAGGUGUGUCGCGAGGCUCUGGAUAGGCUUAGGGCUGAAUACCCUGAAUGGAUCCUCCCUAAAGUGCCGAUCGACUGGUCUCCUGGGCUUGAUUGGAACUGGACUGAGCUUUUACACGAUUACUGCCUCUUCAAUGGGCUUCAGUCGCCAAAGUACACGAAGUACUUCCAUGGGAAGGGAUACCGUCACGAGGCUGAAGUCGGGGGCGUGACAUACUUUGGAGCUCUCAAGUCCUAUCCCGAGGAGACUGAGUCGCAGAACGCCACAGCGCUGAGGGCUUUACACAAAUCGCUGAUAUCGGCGCAAGGUUCAUUUCGUAAUGCGCUGGGGCCGCUCACAUUGCAGAACUCCUACAAGGAUUUGCUGAAACUCGUCCCAGGACUACGUUCAUACGCAGAAAGAUACCCCAAGCGAAAUGCCAGAGUCGCCUAUAAACGAAUGACACGAGAAUGCAAUGGAUUACGUGCCGUCCGUGAGAGAGCAUGGGCAAGAAAAAAGCAGCUACGAAACAACAGCCAGUGGUCGAAGAACGCAAACCUACUUCCAGUAUUCAACUGCAGGAUUGCAACAAUCGACGUGCCUGUCCAAAAAGAAACGAGCAGAUGGCCAGUAAACCCGCAGCAAAUCAAACAGAAGCUUGCGGGGGUGGAAGGUCACAUUGAAAGGCUUCGAAGAAUAUGCCAUCUUCUCUCUUUGGAAUAUCCCGAAAUCCAAGUCCAACGAUUAAAUGAAAAUACUACCGCCGCCGAGAGAUACUACUACGCCGCAGCAUUCUUCCAGAAGGAUCCGUUCCUCGCUCGUGCCGGGGCCAUUGGGAAGGUCUGCUUUGCGAACUGCACCUACGGCGAUAUCGAAGAAAUGUGUGCCGAGCGAGUGGCUCGGUACCUUGUCGAUAUGGUGAAAGAGGACAUGCUGUUAGAAAAAGCCGCGGCCAGGGCCCGUCAUGACCGAGAGCAAUGGGGAACGCGUGCUCUGAAACGGGCGAUGCCUAGAGGUUGUUACCUUGACUCGAUGCAAAUUGACUAG